AUGUCUUGGUGUACCAUUGAGUCCGAUCCCGGUGUAUUUACAGAACUUAUUCAGCAAAUGCAAGUGAAAGGAGUACAGGUUGAGGAACUGUAUUCACUGGACCACGACUCUCUCAAUAGCCUUAGGCCUGUAUACGGAUUGGUUUUUCUUUUCAAAUGGCGUCCAGGAGAAAAGGAUGAACGUGCUGUAAUCAAAGAUCCCAACCCCAACUUAUUUUUUGCUAGCCAGGUAAUUAAUAAUGCUUGUGCAACCCAGGCAAUCUUGUCUAUUCUUAUUAAUUCACCAGAUAUUGAUAUCGGUCCAGAGUUGACAAAACUGAAAGAAUUUACCAAGAACUUUCCUCCUGAACUCAAAGGUUUGGCCAUCAAUAAUAGUGAGGCCAUACGUACAGCCCAUAAUAGCUUUGCAAGGCCAGAACCUUUUGUCCCUGACGAGCAAAAGGCUGCUGGUAAAGACGAUGAUGUUUACCACUUUAUAAGCUAUCUACCUGUUGAUGGAGUACUUUAUGAGCUUGAUGGAUUGAAGGAGGGUCCUAUCAGCCUUGGUCAGUGUGCUGGUGGGCAAGGUGAUAUGGAAUGGCUUAAGUUGGUGCAACCUGUGAUCCAGGAACGCAUUGAAAGGUACUCUCAAAAUGAGAUAAGGUUUAACCUCCUAGCAAUCGUCAAGAACAGGAAAGAAGUAUAUACUUCCGAGCUGAAGGAACUUCAGAAGAGAAGGGAGCGGAUUUUGCAGCAGCUGGCUGCAUCAAAGUCAGAGCGACUGGUGGACAGUAGCAGUUUCGAUGUAUUGAACAAUUCUCUCUCCGAAGUGAAUGCUGGGAUUGAAGCUGCUACCGAGAAGAUCUUAAUGGAGGAAGAGAAGUUCAAAAAAUGGAGGACAGAAAACAUCCGUAGGAAACACAAUUACAUACCCUUUUUGUUUAACUUUCUAAAGAUUCUUGCUGAGAAGAAGCAGUUGAAGCCCCUCAUUGAGAAGGCCAAGCAGAAAACAAGCAGUUCUCGGUGA